AUGCAUCAGUUUGAAAAGAAGCAUACCCUGAAAAGCCCAGUCUGGCAAAGGGGGUAUGAUGUAGAACACUUUCAAGGGGAUGUUGAUGAAGACCUUAUAUGCCCCAUAUGUAGCAAGGUCCUGGAGGAACCAGUGCAGGCUCCUCAUUGUGAACACGUCUUCUGCAAUGCCUGCAUUACUCAGUGGUUCUCCCAAUAGCAGACGUGUCCCAUGAACCGAAGCAAUGUGACAAUGGCUCACCUUCGCCCUGCUCCUUGGAUCAUGCGUAUUAUGCUAUCUAAGUUGCAGAUUACUUGUGACAAUGCUGGUUUUGGGUGCACUGAUGUUGUGUGCCUCGACAACCUGAUCUCUCACCUCAAUGACUGUGAACACAAUCCAAAGCAGCCUGUAACUUGCAAACAGGGAUGUGGCUUGGAAAUGCCCAAAGAUGAGUUGUCAAAUCAUAACUGUAUCAAACACUUAAGGUCAGGGGUUCAGCAGCAGCAGACCAGAACAGCUGAGCUGGAACAGACAUCCCACCAACUAGCAGAACAGAAAUGUGACACUGAGUUAUUGAAGGCAUAUUUGCGAGUAAUAUGUAGCAUCAACCUCAACCUACAGAAUCUGGAGGAGACAAUUGAAUACAAUGAAAUCCUAGAGUGGAUGAAUUCUUUGCAACUUGAUCGGGUGACACGGUGGGGUAGCAUGAUCUCCACGCCAGAUGCAGUACUCCAGGCUGUGAUCAAGCAGUCAUUGGCGGAAUGUGGCUGCCCCACACUGAUCAUCAAUGAGAUGACUGAAAAUGCCCACAAACGGAACUGGCCCCAAGGAUUGGCCACUCAAGAAACUCGCCAGAUGAACUGGCACUGUUAUGAAAACUAUGUGGCCAAACGCAUCGCAGGGAAGCAGGCUGUGGUGGUGAUGGCCUGUGAGAAUCAGAACAUGGGGGAGGAGAUGGUGCUGGAGCCAGGCCUGGUGAUGAUGUUUGCGCAUGGAGUGGAGGAAAUCUAA